UGCCGCCGCACGCUGCCCCCGCAGAGUCUUCCAGGCAGGCAGGGGAAGGUGGUGUGACCCGGCGGAGAGCCCCCUUAGAGUCCUCUGAGCGGCAGAAGCAGUGGGAGGGGAAGCGGAGUUGGCCGGUGCUAUAACAACAUAGACGCCAGUAGCAGCCUAGCAACAGCCACACACACCCUAACCCCAGGCAGGGCCACAGAGUGAGGUGCAUAUAAGCAGUGAAGAAGCGGCCUAUGCAAAUGAGAGAGGAGGAGUAGGGAGAGCCCCUUACUGCAGCAUCAAUAGGCGGAGGUAUUCAUUCUGAAAACAAAUUUUCUAUCCGUAUACAGUAUAUUAAAACAUCUAUUGUCUUCUGAAAGUAUGGACCUAAUAAACAUUUCUGAGUUUGACCCAUCCUUUAAGCCCACGCUGCCAUCAUAUUUUAUGCAUGCUGACAUAGGCAAAAUGAUAAGUAAAAUGGAAGAAAACCACAGAAAGAUACGUGAGCAGCUGCCCAAAGGACCCAACUACUCAAUGAGAAGUGAGGCAAAGAGGUUGAGGAAUCUCUUGAAUCUAGAACCCAUGUCAACCUGGUCUCCACAAGAGCUGGCGUCAGCUGGUUUCUUCCGGACAGGUGUGGAUUACAGCUGCCAGUGCUUCAGCUGUGGGCUGGUACUGUGUAAGCAAUCCAUAAUUGCCACCCCUUUAGAGAACCAUAGAAAAUUCAACCCUAUGUGUGGAUUUAUUCAGGGAGAUGAUGUUGGGAAUAUAUCAAAGUAUGACAUCCGCCUGCAGCCUGCGUUGAAGGAUAGCAAGGAAUCAAUGCAGAAUGAGCAGAUCAGAUUGCAAUCAUUUACCUGCUGGCCUGUGUAUGCUUUACUGGAGCCACGUGUCCUUGCACAAGCUGGAUUUUUCUUCACAGGGACAAGAGACACCGUCCAAUGCUUCUCCUGUGCUGGAUGUCUGGGGAACUGGGAGGAAAAUGACGACCCAUGGAGAGAACACGCAAAGUGGUUUCCUGAGUGUGAAUUUCUCCGGAGCAGAAAAUCAAAGGAUGACAUACGGCAGUAUAUUAAGAAUUACGCAAAAUUUGAAGGCUUAACAAGUAUAUCAUUCACAAGUAUUCUGGUCAAUCGAGAAGUAGCAGUACCAGAAAUGGCAAAUACUCUGUUUUGUGAAACACUGGAAACUUUGAAGAAGCAGCUUAUUGAAAAGUAUCAUGAUCCAGCUUUCUAUAAUAUGACCCCAUUUGGUGAUACAGUUUCAAUAGAUCUCACCUCACUGUUUGCAGAUAUCUCUGUUGUGUUGAAGGACACCAGAAAUCAUAUAAUGCAGCACCUCACAUUACCGGACAUCCUGUCAGAGCUGAGGGACAUCACUAUGAUAGAAGGAGAAGCCGGCAGUGGGAAAACAGCUCUACUCAAGAAGAUUGCCAUUCUCUGGGCCUCAGGGAGGUGUCCUGUCCUCAGUAGGUUUAGCCUCGUGUUUUAUAUAUCUCUAUCCUCCUCUGACAGCCAACAUUCUCUGUGUGACAUUAUCCGCCAGCAGCUGACGGGAUCCACAACAUCUCUCACUGAAGAGACCCUGGGGAACAUCAUAAAGCAAUUAAAAGAGAAGGUCCUGUUUCUCCUGGAUGACUAUGGGUUGAUGGACUCCACUCCAGGAUCCAUAGAAGAACUUUUACAGAAGAACCCCUGGAACAGAGUGAGUCUGUCAGUCACAGUGGGAACUGACAAAGGCUGGAAGUUGCGUCAAAAUGCCAGAACCAUCCUGAGCAUCCAAGGAUUUCCUUUAAAUUCCACUCUGUAUUUAGUGAAAAAACUGUUUUCACAUGAUAUUGAGUGGGUAAAGACAUUUUUAAUGAAGUUAGAAACACUUGAAAACUUAAGAGCUGUUUUGCAAACACCUCUAAUUGUUCUUGCGCAAUGCUCCUCCUGGAUUCAACACCCUGGCUGUAAUAUAUUUAGUGACAUACAUGCUUUUAAAGCAUACUUGAAAUAUUAUACCCUUAAAUUCCCUAAUGAGAUUCAACUAGUGCAUUCUCUGGUGUCAACAUGUGGAGAACUUUCCCUCAAGGGUCUUUUUCAGCGCCAGUUUCACUUCACAGAGCAUGACUUAAGAGCAGCUGGAGUGGAAAGUGACAAGGCCGUCAAAUUUGGACUUUUAAGCAAAUUCACAGCCCAGAGGCUUCAAUCGAUGUACAGGUUUUUUGACUCUUCAUUCCAGGAGUUUCUUGCUGGAAAGAAACUGAGUGAACUAUUAGAGUCCGAAAAUCAGGUGGAAUUGGACAAAGGUUAUCACUAUCUUCAUCAGAUAAAUUCUUUCCUCAAAUUAAUUGGACCUUACAGCUAUUUCCUGAGAUAUGCCAGCAUGAUUUCCACAAAAACAACUGCAAAGAUCCUGACUUAUUUGUUCAGCUUGUAUGACAGGCCUGAGGCACUGGACAGCCAUCUAGACAGCAGAGAACAUUUGCAGCGGCACCCAGAACUUGAACUUGAGGAGGACCUUUUCAUAUACACCCUACAUAAAGCAAUCCCUGAAGAGAUUCAUGUAGACUGUAUGGAUCGAUUAAUGACAUUUGCUAUUGAAGCAUCAGUUGAAAGUAAAAGUCUUCCUGACUGUGCUCCAAUAAUCAUGAAGUUUCUCAAUGGGAAAACAAUGUCCUUCUCUGUAAGUCCUCUCAUCAUGACAUCCUCCAGGAGUUUACUCAUUUUCAUCAAAAAUUAUCCAGAAAGUAUUAGUUUGUUCAGCUGUGUUAAGCUUUUCAUGUAUGAUACAAGAAUGUCACACAAAGCACCAACUGAUGUCUCAGGCUUGGCACAGGCAUAUGAAAAAUAUGGAGUUCCAACAGUGGAAAGGGAUUACUCUUCUGCAUAUCUUUCCUUUCAUAAAACGAUGCAAGAUAACGAAGAGAAAACAACUGAGACAGAUAAAUUCCUUUCCCUUUUUCCUCAGGAAAUUGUAAUAGGUGACAUAAUUGUUCAAUCAUUCAUGUCACUUAUGGGAUACAAAGUGCCUAUUUUCAAAGUUCAAGCAGUUGGUAUUAACAGUGGCAACUUCUCUCAACUCAACUGUGAAAAAUUCCAGAUUUUGUUCUCCAUGUCUGAUCAUAUUGAAAUUCAGCUGAUCAACUGCAGAGAUUUCCUGAAGAAUAUUGGGUCAGCCAUUGAGGGGUCUUUGAGAUCCUUCAGGAAACUGAUUAUAUGUAACACAUAUCUGAGCACAGAGGAACAAAAUUUAAUUCUCAAGAUGUCUUCUCUAGAAUCUCUAGAGAUUGAAAAUUCUCAGGGGACUUGCUAUCCAGAAUUGCUGGUUUGUGGCAUUCACAAAUUUCCCUGCUUGACGGAAGUGUCUAUUGUUCUACCUAAGAAUCCAGAGAUUGUAGACCAUUUGCCAGAUGAAUUUCAAGGACUGAGCAGAAUGAAGAAAAUUGUAUUUCAAUCAUCGAAUUGUAGAAAUGAAUCAACAAAGUUUGUUCAGUACAUACAAAGCUUUCCAGAUUUGGAAGUAGUGCACCUAGGUUUUGGAAAUCUGGAUUGUGAAGGCCUGAUGGACUCCCUCGCAACUUGCAAGAAGCUGAAAGAAUUGAAUCUCUGUGGAUCAGUCCUAAAGGACACUGAUAUGGCUUUACUGGCUCAAACAAUGAAGAAUUUUAUGUCUUUGAAAAUUCUCAACUUGAACAAAGAAAAGAUAAUUGGGCAAGAUAUUGCUGAGAUCUUCGCUGCUGCAUUGGGCUCACUCACUCACCUGGAGAAGUUGUGGUUGCCCGUGGGAGAAGGAAUGGCUCAUGCUGCUAAACUGAUUGUUGAACAGUUUCAGAACCUUCCAAACCUUCAGUUCCUCACCAUGAUGGAGAUAUUAGAUGAUGAGAGCAUUGUACUGUUAGCUGAAGCAGCAAAAAACAGCUUCCUGACAAAGCUUCAGCAACUUGAAUUACAAAUGAAUUCCGAAAUCUCUGAAUCUGGAUGGACGACUUUUUUUGAGAGAGCGGGAAACAUGCCGGAGUUAAAUAGGCUGGAUAUCAGCAGGCUGUAUACUCAAUCAAUAAAGUCUCAUGCCACCACAGUCACAUCUUUUGUACAACUUGUGUCUAGACUUCCCAGUCUGGUGACUAUAAAUAUGCUUGGAUGGCUGCUUGAUGAAGAUGAUUUCAACAUGUUCAAUGCAAUGAAAGAGAAUCACCCUCAAUCCAAUAGACUUACCAUUGCAUGGCAGUGGUACUUGCUCAAUUCACCAAUUAUUGAAGAUUGAAAGCAUUCGAAACUCUUGUAUCAAUCUUUUAAUUGAUCAAUAUAAAGAUUAUUGGUCAGUAUUAAACGUUAUGUGGUAUCAUAGUACAGUAUAUAGUGGUAGAAGGUGUGAGAAAGCUACUAAACUUUUAUUGUUAUAUAAACAUACUCUGUGUGGGGUUUUAGUUGGCCAACUAGGCACAUGUCUAAUACCUCUUUUCCACCCAAGUCCCGAGUCUGAUCUGAUAUUUGGAACACAGUUCCAAACCGGGCUAAACCCGGGACUGGCCACUUUCCACUGCAGCUCCAACCCGGAUUAUUCCCAGGUCAGAGCCAUUUACACUGCACACGGAAGCAGCUGCUGCCAAGAGUCUCACCUGCAGUGAGACUCCAGCUCCGACCCCUGACACAACCCGCCCCCCGAAUAAUGUCAUCACUGCAGUAAGCAGCCAGGAGUCUCACUGUCCUCCCCAUGCUGUAAACGGGAUUCGGGUCAGAUGACUCUGCUUACCCAUUUAAACAGCCCCUUAAUCUGGGUCCUUUCUGGGCCCAACCCCGCAAGUUAGCCAGUUUGGACUCCUGGGUCACUGGACCCAGAUGAACCCUUUUGCACUGAGCCACGAUCUGGGAUAGCACAGCAAUAACCCAGGUUUUAGCGGCUGUGGAAAAGGGGUAUAAGAGAGUGCUAUACUGGUGCAACAUAGGAAUCAUAAUAUGUUGUUUUAUUAGUGGCUGAAAUGAGGCUUCUAAUAGUCAUAGCAGUAGUCAAGCCCUGGGCUCAUGA